AAGUUUAAACUGAAUCUAUCUUUUAAAGGGAGAACAGCGGGAAUCAAAAUGUCAGUCUCCGGAGUCACAGUUUACUCCUUUUUCUUAAAGAUCUGGAAGAGAACAGAGAAUACUUUUUAUAGGAUGUGUUUUUUUAUUGGGUUUUUUUUAAUCCUUGUCCAUGUUGAGAUUAUCUCAUGUUGUCUGAGAAGCUGGAUUCCUAUAUCUCUGUGAGUUGAAGUGGAGAUGGGAAGCAGUUGUGAUAAAGAGGUGCCACCAGAAAGGUCCCCCCGCAGACGGAGUAUCUCAGGGACCAGUACAUCAGAGAAACCCAACUCCAUGGACACUGCAAAUACCUCACCCUUCAAAGUACCAGGGUUCUUCAGCAAGCGCCUGAAAGGCUCCAUCAAGAGGACCAAAAGCCAAUCAAAACUUGACAGGAACACAAGCUUUCGACUUCCUUCCCUUCGCAAUGCAGAUGACAGGUCUCGAGGAUUGCCUAAACUAAAAGAGUCACGUUCCCAUGAAUCCUUGCUGAGCCCCUGCAGCGCAGUGGAAUGUCUGGAUCUUGGUAGAGGGGAGCCCGUAUCUGUGAAACCACUCCAUAGUAGCAUUCUUGGACAAGACUUCUGCUUUGAGGUUACCUACUUAAGUGGGAGUAAAUGCUUCAGCUGUAACUCUGCCUCCGAGAGAGAUAAGUGGAUGGAAAACCUCCGCAGAACAGUUCAACCAAAUAAGGAUAAUUGCAGACGAGCAGAGAAUGUUCUCCGUUUAUGGAUCAUUGAAGCCAAGGACCUUGCCCCUAAAAAGAAAUAUUUUUGUGAACUGUGCCUUGAUGAUACCCUCUUUGCUCGUACUACCAGCAAGACCAAAGCAGACAAUAUUUUCUGGGGUGAACAUUUUGAAUUUUACAGCCUCCCUCCUCUUCAUAGCAUCACAGUUCACAUUUAUAAGGAUGUGGAAAAAAAGAAAAAGAAGGACAAGAACAAUUAUGUAGGGCUUGUCAACAUCCCCACUGCCAGUGUGACUGGUCGCCAAUUUGUAGAAAAGUGGUAUCCAGUGAGUACACCAACACCAAACAAAGGAAAGACUGGAGGACCUUCCAUCCGGAUUAAAUCACGGUUCCAAACUAUCACCAUUCUGCCUAUGGAGCAAUACAAAGAAUUUGCAGAAUUUGUCACCAGCAACUACACCAUGCUGUGUUCUGUCCUUGAACCAGUAAUUAGUGUGAGGAACAAAGAGGAGCUGGCUUGUGCCUUAGUGCACAUUCUUCAGAGUACUGGUAGAGCCAAGGAUUUUCUGACUGACUUGGUGAUGUCUGAGGUGGAUCGGUGUGGAGAGCAUGAUGUCUUGAUCUUCAGAGAGAACACCAUUGCCACCAAAUCCAUUGAGGAAUACCUCAAGUUGGUGGGACAGCAGUAUCUUCAUGAUGCACUGGGGGAAUUCAUCAAAGCUCUAUAUGAGUCAGAUGAAAACUGUGAAGUGGACCCCAGCAAAUGCUCAUCUAGUGAACUCAUAGACCAUCAGAGCAAUCUGAAAAUGUGCUGUGAGCUGGCUUUCUGCAAGAUCAUCAACUCGUACUGUGUUUUCCCUCGUGAACUGAAAGAAGUGUUUGCAUCGUGGAAGCAUCAGUGCCUGAACCGCGGCAAGCAGGACAUCAGUGAGCGGCUCAUUAGUGCCUCCUUGUUUCUCCGGUUUCUGUGCCCGGCCAUAAUGUCUCCCAGUCUUUUCAACCUUAUGCAGGAGUAUCCUGAUGAUCGCACCUCUCGGACUCUCACUCUUAUUGCUAAGGUCAUCCAGAACCUGGCCAACUUUGCCAAGUUUGGUAACAAGGAGGAAUACAUGGCAUUUAUGAAUGAUUUUUUAGAACAUGAAUGGAGUGGAAUGAAGCGCUUUCUCUUGGAGAUCUCUAACCCAGACACCAUCUCAAACACCCCUGGCUUUGAUGGUUACAUUGAUUUGGGCCGAGAGCUUUCCGUUUUGCAUUCCUUACUCUGGGAAGUCGUUUCUCAACUUGAUAAGGGUGAAAAUUCCUUCCUACAGGCAACCGUGGCAAAAUUGGGACCCCUCCCUCGUGUUCUUGCCGACAUUACUAAGUCCCUGACUAAUCCUACACCAAUACAGCAACAACUAAGACGGUUCACUGAGCAUAACUCCAGUCCAAAUGUCAGUGGGAGCCUCUCCUCCGGGCUGCAGAAAAUAUUUGAAGAUCCAACUGACAGUGAUUUGCAUAAACUCAAAUCUCCAAGCCAAGACAACACAGACAGCUAUUUCAGAGGGAAAACAUUAUUGCUGGUCCAGCAGGCCUCCUCCCAGAGCAUGACUUACUCUGACAAGGACGAACAGGAAAACAGCCUUCCUAAUGGCCGGAGCAUUUCUCUCAUGGACCUGCAGGACACUCAUGCUGCUCCGGGGGAGCAUGUGCCUGUCAUGCUCGAUGUGCCUAUGCGUUUGACCGGAAGCCAGCUCUCCAUAACCCAGGUGGCCAGCAUCAAACAACUUCGGGAAACCCAGAGCACGCCUCAGAGUGCACCCCAAGUCAGGAGACCCCUGCACCCAGCCUUGAACCAACCAGGCAGCCUCCAGCCCCUGUCCUUCCAGAACCCAGUCUACCACCUCAAUAACCCAAUUCCAACAAUGCCAAAGGCCUCUGUAGAUUCCAGUUUGGAGAACCUAAGCACUGCCAGUUCCAGAAGCCAAAGUAACAGUGAAGACUUCAAACUCAGUGGACCUAGCAAUAGCAGCAUGGAAGAUUUCACAAAACGCAGCACACAGAGUGACGACUUCUCCAGGCGGCACACUGUGCCAGACAGGCAUAUACCUCUCGCUCUUCCUCGGCAAAAUAGUACCGGGCAGGCCCAAAUCCGAAAAAUGGACCAGGCUGGGCUAGGUGCCCGAGCCAAAGCCCCACCAUCCCUGCCUCACAGCGCUUCCCUCCGUAGUACUGGGAGUAUGUCCGUGGCAUCCGCCGCCCUGGUAGCUGAACCUGUGCAGAAUGGGAGCCGGUCCCGGCAGCAGUCCUCUUCCUCCAGAGAAAGCCCUGUUCCCAAAGUGAGAGCCAUCCAGAGACAACAAACACAACAGGUUCAGUCACCAGUGGACUCUGCCACAAUGUCCCCCGUAGAGAGGACAGCAGCCUGGGUUCUGAACAAUGGGCAAUAUGAAGAGGAUGUAGAAGAAGCUGAGCAAAACCAAGAUGAAGCCAAGCAUGCGGAGAAGUACGAGCAGGAAAUUACUAAGCUCAAGGAGCGCCUGAGAGUGUCGAGCCGGCGUCUGGAGGAGUAUGAGCGCCGGUUGCUGGUGCAGGAGCAACAGAUGCAGAAGCUGCUGCUGGAGUACAAAGCCCGGCUGGAGGACAGUGAGGAGCGGCUGCGCAGGCAGCAGGAAGAGAAGGACAGCCAGAUGAAGAGCAUCAUCAGCAGGCUAAUGGCUGUGGAAGAGGAAUUGAAGAAGGAUCAUGCAGAGAUGCAAGCAGUUAUUGAUGCAAAGCAGAAAAUCAUUGAUGCACAGGUCAUAAAUGGAGAUGAGAUUAUUCAAACAGGAAAAACGGAUCGUGUCCCUGGAUUCGGCCAACACCAGACUGAUGAGCGCGCUGACCCAAGUGAAGGAGCGGUACAGCAUGCGGGUCCGCAACGGCAUCUCCCCCACCAGCCCCACCAAGCUUUCCAUCACGGAGAAUGGUGAAUUCAAAAACAGCAGCUGCUGACUGUGCGCCGAAAGCAGACGGGCUGCGGAGGGAGACCAAAGGAAGUGCGCCCGAGCUCCUUCCCGCCCCUCCUCCAGCCCCUCUGGUUUUCAAAAGUGUUGCGAAGGCAGAAGGACCAGAUGAUGGAAGAAAGGAUCCUGGUUUUUCAAGGCAUAAGGCUGAGACUCCAGGGUCGACACUUGCCCUCCGGGUCUCUUUGUACAUAAGGGAACUUAGUUCUGGGCCAUGUACAGAAAAUGCCACUGUAAUAUACCAGAAGGAAGCAACUAAUGUAGAUUACCUUUUUAAUUAUUGCUAUUUUUAUUAUUGUUUUCCUCUUGUUGAAAGCACUACAGUUUUUAGAGGAGGAAACGUAGGAGUUAGGUGUGAAUGAAGCUAGAGACCGAGGGUCUGACUGACAGAAGCACACAGUGCAGUAGGACGUCGUCAGAGUGAACUUUCAGGGAUUCAUCUGCCCGUUUAAAAAUCCUGCUCCGGCCCAUGUCCAUACAGAAAACAUGCCAAGAUCCAACCAAACCUUAGAUCCAAAGACCAAGAUCUAAACAAAAACCAUCAUUUACCCCGCUGAUCAAGCAAGACUCAUUCUGGUCAGGUGGCUCAUCUGAUUUGGGGGUUCACGUUCAGAGGACACAGCUCAGAGCUGUUACAUCCAAACUGGGCUUCAGGAGUGAGUUCUGUUGUGCUCCUGUCAAUGUUUAGUCCCGUCUGUCUAUGGCAGAUAGACCUCCGUUUUAGAUAGGGUUUUUAAAAAAAAAAAAUCCCAAUUAUAAUAAAGAGUGUUGGAUUUUCCUCUUUAGAGUUUACGAAACUAUUAGUAUCUGUGUCUCUACUUACCACCUUCAUUCACCUUCACACAUAUACUGCCCUUCCCUCUCCGCUGGUGGGCGCAUCCUCGCCAGCAGGGUUUACUUUCCCCUGGAGAAGGAUUUUUUCACCUACACGGGGCUUCACAGAGUUCGUAGAAAAAUCAAAUUAAAAGAUACUGCAAUUUUCCCACACACUUUUCAAGGCCCUUGAGAAUGCUACCCAUAAGCCAUCCGAAAGCCACCCCUCCCCACCCCUUCCUCACAGAAAAGGGCUAACUUCACCAAUAGCAGGACUCUCUGAAUAUGCCCUGAUUUCAAAAAGAAUUUUCCUACUUGGAAAUUGUACUUUUAGUUCAGGAUAAAUAUUGUAUCCUUUGUACUGGCGAAUCUGUAGUCGGGGUAAUUCUAACCUAGGGCUUCAACUUUGAAAUUGCUUCUUUUGACUCUUACUUUCUCAGUACAAUUGGAAAGGAGAUCCAGAGGUGAAGCGGCACCCUCAUAAGAGUGAGGAUGACUGAUGAAAAGGGAGCUGAGAGUGUGAGGACGGAUGGCACCUGCCCGCGCUGCUCCCAGCAGGCUGUGAAGGCCAGGCUCCCAGGGCGCCUGGCUGUAAUGAGCCGUCGUCAACCUCGUCAUCAGACUUCAUUUUGGGACGCUGUGUUACAGGGAAGAAAAAGCCGCCGAGACCGACUUAGUCCCUUUUUCCUAGAGGUGUGUGACGUGUCAUCUUGAAUGCAGCCCUGAUUAUCAAAGUAUGGAAUGUUACAUGUUAAACUGACAUAUUCUGUAUAAAUAUAAUAUACAUUGCAUAUCUAUCCCCACACAUGUACAUGUAACUGCACAAAUGGGAACAGUCCAUGCCUUCUCUGUCAUAGCUGUCAGAUAUGAAAUGUUCAAAAAGGAUUUUGAAUCCCUUUAAGCAAGGUCUAAGCAGCCGUUUCUAUCUUGAGAAAGCAGCGAUGCUUCUCAUUGAGUUAAUGGUGUUUGUUUUAAGUUUGAAAAUGUAAGGAAAUACAAAAGGAAAGGGGCAAGAGGAAAAGACCCAAGGGUCCCAUGUGCGUGAGGUGACACAGAUUGGCCUGUCUAUAUCACAGAGGCUGUUAGGGGACCGUUUGUGUCUCUUUCUCGUGAAGCCCACACUGGCCCCCAUGCCCUCCUUCUUUCUCCAGGGCCUGGGCUUGUGCCCUGCUCUCCUGAGCGCCUCCCUCACGUGGAGCUCUGUAGUAACCCUUGCACUUGAGUAACCCACACCAUGGCCCUUCCUUUGCCCCCCAGAGUCUUUUGAAAACCUUUCCUUCCUAACAACCUCUGUUAGUUCCAGACAGUAAUCUUGAAGGGGGCUUACCAUGCUUAACUGCUCCGCAGACCUCAUGGCCAGGUGUUCUCUGGACCCUUGCUAGUUAGUUGUUUUACCAGUUAGUGCCCUGCCCAAGAUGAGGGCACAGUGUGGUCAAAGCCAGGUCGUUCGGGAAAAUGAGUUAGCAGUGCUGAAGCAUUGCCCUUUGUUCGGGGGCAGGGAAACAUAAGCAUCAGCUUUUCUCGCUGGCAGAGCAUCCCAUCUCUGGCCACGUUUAAUUUCUCCCAUGUGAAAAGCUCCCAGUAUGCCUCAGAAAACCGGGUAAAAGAACUGUUCUUUCCAAUGGCUUAGAGAAUGUAAUGUGAGUGGUCUCUUGCAUGGAGGUUUGGGGGCUCUCGAGUGUUGGUGAUGGAUUAUAGAAGACUGAAAAGAUUACCUGAAUGGGGGCCAAGGGGAACAAAAAAGUCAGAUGUGUUUUUGACGGAUGCAGUGUAUCUUGGUGGGAGCUCCAGACAAGGUUGUCAGCAUUGGAAGAUUGAAUGCCUGCAACUUUGGAAUAGAGGGUACAGCCCCUGUUAUCAAGUUAUCUUAAAUGAAAAGAGUAGGGGCAGGGUUUCAGGAUGGAAGUUCAGAGUUGUUGCCAGCUGUUAAGUUUAGGGUUGUAAUUUGAGCCUAUCUGAGUCAUUUUCUGUUUCUUUAGAGAAUACUGCAGUCUAUAGAACCUAUAUAGGAGAAAGCAGCAACAUUGGAUAAUGAAUUUUUAUGGAGGUGUUCCUUCAGCUCGAAUAGGUACAUAACUUCUGUUUUGCUAGGCGGAGGUUCCUGGUUGAAGAGAAACAAGGGGGCUAGGAUAACAGAGUCUUGUACUCCUUGAUGGGGGGCAGGGCAGAGCAGGGUGAGUGGGAUUCAGGAUUUGGGUGACGUGCUCCCUCAGCAUUUGCCUGGCUGACCACCAGACUUGUCCAUUACAAAGAAUAUAGUCAAAUGUUGGUAGAAUUCAAGAAAAGAGUUGCAUGCUCCCCUUUCAUAUCACGAGCAAUAGGUUUCCUGGGCCUAAAAAGCAGAAAAGAGUCUGUCAGGUCAUUGUAUUGCCUGAGUCUCUGCAAUAAAAAGCCAUGACAGCGGGGAGGUGAUAACCGGGCAAGGACAAUGGACGCUGGAGCACUGGCUGCAUCCCAGGCACUAGGACCAGUGGGCUCUUGGGGUGAGGUAAGCACGCUGCUGCAGCGUUCUGCUUUUCUGCGUGAUAGUGAGCCAGUCAGAAUUCCCAUGCGGAGGGGUUCCUAGCGCCCCUUUCUUCUGAUGGUGCUAGGCUGUGCUGCUGAGGGUGAAAGGACACAAGGGUUCCUGUCUGGACUUCUGCCCCUUUCUAUAAACAGUUACCCUCUGCCCUCAGGCGUGUGUGCAGAUCUCUGUCUACUAGGCCUGUAAUUCUUACAGGCGCCGAGCUUCCCUCUGUCCUCAGAGGCUGGCGAGGGUGGGAUCAGUUCUUUGAAAGCCUCAGAGCAAGACAACUGCCAUCAAAAAAGCCUGCACUGGUGGUUUGCCUUCCUCUUAAAAUUAGUUGCCCUUCAAUCUGGAGUUCCUGAGCAGGCUGGCUAUGGGACUGAGCUGGAGGAAGGCCCAGGGUUACCUCAAACCCAAAGUUCCGCCCCACAGUAAUCCUGGCUCCGGACCAGAGACUCUGCAGCAGCGUCCCUCCCUUGUCUCAGCCACGUCCUGGGAGAUGUUCUACGUGGUCUUCAUGUUGUGGAAAGUCAGACGGCAGUCUGCUCCACUCCCUGCCCUGUUUAAAUGUCACCGUGAGAGCCUCUGGCGGAGAAUUUGGGAUACUUUGUUCCUGGUGGGUCUUUUUCCCUAUCAAUCAAGUUAGUUGAAGGACUUAACUUUACUAGGUUUGUUUUGUUUUGUUUUUUAAGAGAGGAAAUGUUGGAGUGUUGCAUUUUUAAAUAGGCUCUUUUCAUGUUUGAAUGAUUGGCAUUGGUUCUAGAGACAUCCUCUUGUUGUCCUGAUCCAGUUUUGAAUACCCCGAGUGUAGGAAAGACGAGAGUGAUGAAAUGUGCAUGGGGGAGAAUAAAUAUCUCAUGAGCAGGGAAAGCACCUGAGGAAGAUACAUGAACCAAAAAGGGACUGAUGCCUGUCCACAGCCCAGUGGCUUCAGGGAAGCAGGAGGCAUAGCCCUCGCUGGCGCUUCCAAACCGGAUAAUUGGGCCUGUAGGCAGCCGUGCAUCUGCAUGGGCGCACACGCGCACAUACUUCCGAGGCCUGCCCGUUCUGAGGGUUAAUCCAUCCCACAGUAGUGAUUCCCAGACAGUUUUGUUUGUAAAGCUUAUGACAUUCGUUCUUUCCUCCUAAAAUGUACAAUAUGUGUUAUAUGCAAAUAUAAGUUCAAUUCACUCGAAAUUGAUCUUGUUUGACAUUGUCCCCAGUAACCUAAAUAUUGUUAUUGGUGCCAUGGGGAGUCCUGGGAAGAAAGGGAGGCUUCACUGAUGGAGAAAGAACUGACUUUGAUUACUGAUCUGUUAACCCUCAGCUGUUGGCUCAGUCAACCCAACAAGACUUGGGAAGUUCAAGGAACAGGCAGGCAGUGUUUUAUAACCCACACUUCAUUUCAACAUGUACACUAAGUUCCUGCUCGGUUCUUAGUUUUCAAUGAAAUACCAUCAUGUUUCCAUAGGGAACUCUCUCGGUGUGGGCAUUUAAAAUCAGAUAUAUCUGUUCUAGAAAGUUCUCCAUAGAACCUCAUUUUCAGUGGUCUCCAUCAAUUGUGUGUGGGUGCAGAUGUUUAUGUAUACAUCUCACAUUUAUGUCAUUUCAAAUCUCCCAAGGGAAAACAUUUUAAUUCCUCAGUCACUGAAAGGUUCAGUAGUAGUUGACUCAAACCACCACCUUGCAGAAAAGUUCAAAUAAGUAGUAAAGGCUACAUCUCGACUGGUGCUUAAACAUUUCUUAGACUAUAAUGAACUCAAGCAGACAGCAGCAGCACAUUCACCCAAAUCACACCUGUGAGGAAUUUACCUUCUAAAAUCAGAGAUUUUCCCUCCCUCAUCUCCAGGGCCUUAAUAAGAGUGUGUCCUUACACACGACUGUUUUACAAUGAUAGCUCUAAAUAAUUUAUUUUUAUUUCAAGAAAGAGAAAUACACCUUAGAAAAACAAAACUCAAGAUUUUAUUUUAUUUUUAAAGCCAUAUUUUUGUGCUGGUAGCACUUAGAUUGUUCCAUAUGUGAGCCCCAUAUCUGCAUUUCAUUACCUGGGUUUGUUCUAAAGAAGAUUUAUUUUUGUUCUGUGAAUAAUUUUUGACAGUUCUUGUACAUGUACAGAUAUAGAUAUGUUUGAGGUCUUUUAUUGAUAUUCCUACAAAGAAUACAAAUAAACUUUAACUUUAAACAUUUCAAAGUAAA